AUGUCAUCGGAGAAAAUUGUGAUUUUCGGAAGCAUUGUACAGGAUCUUAUCAGCUAUACUGAAGACUUUCCACGGCCAGGUGAGAGUGUUAGAGGCUCUCAUUUUUUGGCAGGCGGUGGUGGCAAGGGUGCCAAUCAGUCAGUAGCAGCUGCGAAACUCCAUGAGAAUGUUGUCAUGAUAGCCAAGGUCGGGAAGGAUAUUUUUGGCGAUUCUAACAUAAAAGGACUGCGAGACGCUGGCGUUAAUGUAUCUCAUAUUCAACAAAUAGAGGAAGCCAAUACAGCUACAGCAACUAUCACCGUGAACAAUCAAGGCGAGAACUCGAUUGUUGUGGUACUGGGAGCCAACUUGUACAUGGACGCAGAUUAUGCCAACAAGGUUGCUGACGAACUCAAUGGUGCAUCCAUUGUACUAUGUCAAGCUGAGAUCAGCCAAGCAGCGAAUAGAAGAAUCUUCGAGAUAGCGAGAUCAAAAGGAGUGCGAACUUUCUUCAAUCCGGCUCCUGGUGACAGAAAUCUGGACAAGAGUAUUCUGGAGCUUGUUGAUAUAGUAUGCACAAAUGAAAACGAAGCAGAGUUUCUUACUGGAAUCUCAGCUGAUACUAUUGAUAACGCUAAGAAGGCUGCGAGAAAAAUGCAACAAAUGGGACCAAGGCAUGUAAUUAUCACCCUGGGACCUCAAGGUGUCGUAGUCCUUUCGGAAGAAAAAGAGGAUGUAGUUGCGGUGGCUCCGACAAACGCAGUUGACACAACAGGUGCUGGUGACUGCUUUUGUGGUUCGUUCGCAGCCUUUUUAGCUAAAGGUUCUACGGUUUGGGAAGCAGCAGGAAAGGCUGCCUUGAUUGCAUCUCUAUCAGUGCAAAGAAAAGGGACGCAAUCAUCAUACUGGAGAAAAGAAGAAAUUGCUGAAGUUUAUCCAAAUAUAUUUUAA